CUAGAACAUCUAGGAAUACCGCCGCGGUCUCAAUACCCGUACAUAACGGUCCUUACACAGACCAACCCAACGUCUUGGAUGUUCAGUUCGAAGAUUCUGAUUCUGUAACCACGCCGGAUGUUGCUGCCGCUGCCGCUCUUCACGGUACGACUCCGCCGACUAAUCCAGUCAUUCGCAGAGACAAUUAUAGGAAAUUUCUGCCCUACACGAACUUAGUUGUGUCCAGUGUGGAUGUUGAGGACAAUACUUUUGGCGGAGACACGGCCGGACCGGAUGCCGGCAAAGAGGUAAGUACUUCAACACGUGAACCUCAGGAAAAACAAUUAUCAGAGUCCGAUGCUCCAAAAGGCGCCAAGACUCUUAGUCAGUCAGACUCGCUAUCCACAGACGGAAC